GCCGCCUAGGAGUCGCGCCUGCGCACUGCCAACCCCGACUGUACUCCAGGCUCCCCAGCUGAGCUGCUAGGCCAAUGGCCCCCAGGCUGCGACUGCUAACAUGGGAUGUGAAGGACACAUUGCUUCGACUCCGUCAUCCAGUGGGGGAAGGAUAUGCAGCUGAAGCUCAGGCCCAUGGGCUAAAGGUGGAGGCAGCAGCCCUUGGAUCAGCUUUCCAUCAAGCAUACAAGGCCCAGAACCAGAAGUUCCCCAACUAUGGACUGAGUCAAGGCCUCACCUCCCGACAAUGGUGGCUGGAUGUUGUACUGCAGACAUUCCAUCUGGCAGGAAUCCAGAACUCCAACGUCCUCGAUCCCAUCGCCAACAAACUCUACAAGGAUUUCAGUAGUGCCAAAAGCUGGCAGCUGCUGGAAGGGGCUGAAUCUACUCUUCGGCAGUGUCGUGAACGGGGCCUUCGACUAGGUGUGGUGUCCAAUUUUGACAAGAGGUUAGAGGACAUCCUGGCUCACUGUGGUCUCCAGGAACACUUUGAUUUCAUACUGACAUCUGAGGCAGCUGGCAGGGCCAAACCAGACCCACAGAUCUUCCGACAGGCCUUACAGCUUGCUGAUGUAGAGCCCACCCAGGCAGCCCACAUCGGGGACCACUACCUGAAUGAUUACCAGGCACCUCGAGAGGUAGGCAUGUACAGCUUCCUGCUGAUGGGUACCAAGCCUCAGGACUCUUUUCCAGGAAUUGUCCCUAAGGAACACAUCCUGCCUUCCCUCCCUCACCUUCUGGUUGCCCUUAACCACCUAGAGGGCUCAGAUACAAAGCAAUGAAGAUUGGUGGGGAGAGUAAGAUGGUAAAAUCCCUUCAAGCUGAGCCUUCUGGAUGAGAGAAAGCUAUGGAAAUUGCAGCCAGCAGCACCUACUGUGGGAGACUUUGGCUCAUUCUUGCCUUGUAGGUAAAAUGGGAGCUAUUCUCCCUUCAGCCUCAAUAGCAGGCUCCUAUGACUACCAUAAAGUUCAUGAUAAUAACUAA